AUGCGGAUUAGGAGCAUAUCUGCCCUUGUGGCUGGAUCUAUAACAUUAUGGUUCCAAGUCGCUCAAGGUAAAGAUCUGGGUGCUGUUUUCAACAGCCUUAGCAUCUCGCCAGAGCAGAACACUAACAACCUACCGCAAGGUCUGUGGGACGCUAGCGUUGGCCUCACAAUUACAGAUUCUAUGAACGCACAACCGGGAGACACUUUUACGCUGGACAUUCCAGAUGUGUACAAAGUUUACGGUGCAAGCGGAACCGAUUCGUUCACAAUUUCAUCUGCCGGCUCUGAGCUUGCCCAAUGUUCGGUAUUCUCCGGUAUGUCGUUGACCACCGAUUCAAGAGUUACUUGUACUAUCACAAAUCAGAACAUCAACCAAAUGGCGUCAGCUGGCGAUGUUAGUGGCUCUGUGACGCUGCCUUUCAUUUUCAGUGUCGGCGGCUCUGCCUACCAGGCAGAUUUGGAUGCUGCUAGCGCAUUCGAACCGGGCACUCAGACGGUCACAUGGAACGAAAUGCCAGCUACGGUGUCAUUUGCCGCUGGACCUACCUAUACCCCCAGUUUGGCCGAUGGUUAUGACUCUGCUACCGACCCCACCUAUUACCUACGUACUUCCAUGAACAGCGAAAUCCAAACCUACUUUGUUGGUUCGCAAUGUUCGGGUGGAUCUGUUGCCCAUGAAAUGAUUCAAAUUACCUACGCGGGAGCCUCCCGUAAUGACGCACAGACUGGUCAGCUAGUAUCCUGCAGUGAUGUGCAGAUAAUGAUUUCGAAUGAUUUCAAUAGCUGGAUGAUGCCCCAGAAUGCUCAACCUGCUCCUUCUUCUGUCUCGUAUACUUGUCAAGAUAAUACAGUGACUAUCGAUGCAAAGAGUGUACCAGCUGGCUAUAGAGUGUUUGUGGCUGGAAACCAGAAGCCCUCGACUUCCGGAAAUCCUAUCACGUUAACAAAUCAAUACCAAGACAACGUGACCUGUUCAGAUGGAUCGACUCAAAACAAAACUUUCAGCAUACGAACCCAAUUGCAAUUGGCGGCUGCAUCGGGAGUCUACCAACCAUUUGUGAUUAGUACUAGCACGUACGCUGGAGAUGCGACUACGAUAACUACCACGGUAGUAGACGGCACACAGAAUUACAUUAUUCUUAAACCGACGCCUAGGACUACUGUUACCAAAACCUAUGAUGGAACUGCUGUUACAACUCGUACCUUGAGCCAUGAGUCAGACGCCACGUUUAUCACGGUGGAAGUUGAUCUUCCAACAAGAACGAAAACAACUACAGUUCCAUGGACGGGCACUGUGCCCACGACUUAUCUCGUUACAACAGGCAGUACGUUCACUCAGGUAGUCCAAACUCCAGCAGCGAGAACCACUAUCACCAAUAUUUGGACUACAAGAAGUCAUUCCACCACAACUGACUCUUUCAAUCCUUCCAGUGACUCUGUUGUUACUGUCGAAAUUUGGGAGCCCUCUAGUACUACAACAACCCAAACCACCUACUACACAGGCACGAGCGAGUCUUUCACUACUUUGCCUUACUCCGAUUCUGAUGUUACUGUUAGCGUUCUCGAUUAUAAGCCUUACCCCCGCUCCACAACAUUCAUCCCAACAACCGGAACAACUCUCUACAACACCUCCGCUUUGACCAAUUCCGCUGGACAAACCACGGGCUUGCAGAUCAUCAAAAUUGCCCCAGUGCAAACCGUUACAACGACAUAUGUGUGGUCAAGCUCGUAUACAUCCUCGAGUACUGUUCCAACACAAAGUGGGGCAUCUGUUGUGACUGUGGUUUUGGACAUUCCUCCGUAUACUCAAAGCAAGAAUGCGAAAUGUGGGCCUACCAAUGGUGUAACUGGGCUUGAAUGCUCUUCAGGACUGUUCUGUAAUGGUGCUAAAAAGACUUGCCAACAGAUAAGUACUGUGACUCAAAGCUACUUUUACGGGGGCGCUACGCCAUCUACAACAACCCUCCCAUACGUUACUUCGGAUACAACAGUUGUCAUAUACCAACCUCCAUCCACCACAACCAGAACGGUCACUUGGAAUCAGGUCUUUACGUCCACAUUAACUGAAGAGCAUGCAACUGACGCGUCACUAGUUUACGUUGAUGUUGAAAUUCCUGUCACAACUACUGUCCGAAGCACAUGGUCUCAAACCGCAUUUUCUACCAUGACUGAACCGGUAGCUGAUGAUUCAACUGAAUACACUGUAGUAAUUUACGGGCCUCCAGUGUCUGAAACUACUUCGACCUCAUCUUACACUGGUAGGUCGGCUACUACAUACACCAUUUCCAACAAUCCCACUCAAGUUACUAUCAUUGAUCUAGAGCCUAUUCCAAGGACUACGGUCACAAGAGGCUGGACUUACAGCACAACGGGAACUACAGAAUUCAACUGCGGUGACAUAGAGGAAGCUAAUCCUACUCUCAACAUCUUCCACAAAAGAGGCAUUAAUCCAUACACUCAGGCAUGUGACGUAAUGAACACGGUUACGACCCAAAUCACAGAAGUAGUUCAUGUUCCCUUCGUAACUUCAACCGUUAAUUUCCCCUACACUGGAUCUACUACAAGUUCCUCAAUAAGCCUUUCAGAUGGAGCUUUGACUGAAACUAUUGCUAACUAUGUUCCCAAUACCGUAUGUAAGCCAACUGCGUCCGCAUGUGGCUCUUUAACCACAUCUGGAAGCUCUGUGUUCGGGGUACAAACAGCUUGCUGUCAGCUAGGACUUCGGUGUGCCACAGACUCUUCCUCUGUCAUUUGUGUCGCAGCAUCUACAUCCACCACAUCUGUCACUAAGUAUUGGACGCAGACAUCCACGUUUUCGACAGUUUACACUACUUUCAUCAACGGCUUGCCUUAUGUUGAAACUGAAUAUUCCAUUCCUAUUGUGACUAGCACGUUGACAAGAACAGGAUCGUAUAAAUCCACUUCAACCGUCUCCACAAUAUCAGGUAACUCAAAUCUCGGCACUGCAACAGUUAUUGUCCAAGUACCAAGUGCUACUCCAAAGACUGUGACCAUUACCAAUGGAUGGGCAUCUAGUUAUACUUCAACGGUAAGCACUUUGACUCCAAGUGACACCACCAGUGGAACUUUCACAAUUGUUGUUGAAACUCCAACUGCUAAUGUCAACUCCACUACAACUACCGGAUGGACUGGAUCUUUCACUAGCACCUACUCCACUGCGUUGACUACGUUCACCGGAUCUGACGGUAUUCCUACCACCGAGACGGUCUACUACGUUGAAACUCCAGUUGCUAAUACCAACUCCACUACAACUACCGGAUGGACUGGAUCUUUCACUAGCACCUACUCCACUGCGUUGACUACGUUCACCGGAUCUGACGGUAUUCCUACCACCGAGACGGUCUACUACGUUGAAACUCCAGUUGCGAAUGUCAACUCCACUACAACUACCGGAUGGACUGGAUCUUUCACUAGCACCUACUCCACUGCGUUGAGCACGUUCACCGGAUCUGACAGUAUUCCAACUACGGAUACCAUUUACUACGUUGAGACUCCAACUGCUAAUGCCAACUCUACCGUCUACACCCCAUGGACUGGCAGCUUUACUUCUACCUACUCCACCGAGUUGACCACAUUCACUGGAUCGGAUGGUGUUCCAACCACGGAAACCGUUUACUAUGUUGAGACCCCAACUGGCGGUGCUAACUCUACCGUCUACACCCCAUGGACUGGCAGCUUUACUUCUACCUACUCUACCGAUGUCACCACAUUCAGUGGAUCUGACGGUAUUCCAACCACCGAGACAAUCUACUACGUGGAAACCCCAGUUGUGGGCGUGAACUCCACUACCACCACCGGAUGGAGUGGAUCGUUUACUAGCACUUUCUCUACUGAUUGA